AGUAGAUCGAUAGCUCGUUACGUACUCGGGAUCUGAGUCUUGUUUUCGCUCGUCACACAACAACCGGGUCAUCCCGCGAUCCGCUCCGCUCGCCGACACAAUUACCGAAGCAAGAAUCACAAGUUGCGUUCAUCGUCAUGGAGGGCAGAAGUGGAAGUGCAAGAUGGGGUCAUGAUGGAUAUCUGAACAGGGAGCAUUCAAGGAUCGAAGCUGAAGAAAACAAACGCAAGGAUUCCAUUGGAGCUACCAUUCACAAGAACGAAAAAGAAGAGAUCACUAAGUAUGAAAGCAAUAGAAAGGACCAUGAACGGCCCACUGAGACCGAACUUCAAGACGAACAUUUUGCCUUCCGAACCUGGCUCGGGGCGAAGACCAAGACUUCGGAGGCCUGCUACCUCUUCCGCAUCCCUUUCGACGUCUUCGAUCACUACAUGGAGUACAAACAUCAUGAGAAGAACUACAAAGACGUGUCGUCCGCGGGCGACAAUCAAGGCCGCAGUCCAAUGAGAAAUGUUUCUGAAUCACACGAACGGGAGAUGACGAGAAAAGAGCAACACGAUUUUGCCGAGCAGAGGUGGGAAAGGGGGCCUGUCAAGACACUCGCCAAAAAGCGGGCCGCAAUGAAGGAGGACUUUCUCGACAAGGUCAUUGGGGAGGUCGCGCCGCUGCAGUCGAAAGACAUCUUGCAUAUGGACAUCUUGCGAGAUUAUCCGCUACUCGCUGCCUUCAUCUACCGGUCUACGACGGGGACCCGAACUAGUACGCAUAAGAAGGAAAAAACGAAGAUCACUACCAGCUAUGCGCAGGAAAAGUAUUGCAAGAAGAUCACACAAAUCAUCGAAAGGCAUAUGAAAGCUGCUUUGACCCGCAUCAAGGAGAAGGAGACUCCUACUGGACAAGCGAAGGAGAGUGGGCCAAGUUCUGCCGUGCAGGGAGGAGGGACUUCGACCGGACAUGCUCAGGCUGAAAAGAGAAAGUAUGAAGGGAGUCAUGCUAGAAACAAGCGAUUGAGAUAUUCGAACUAUCGUGACGGAAAGUGUCUCUCUUGAGAACCAAACGUCAAAGCGGGGACGAUACCGAGACUUACACGGACUAGAACGCCAGAACACAGUAAUAGUUUGCUGAUCAAGCGUAAAAAGAAAAGAGAAGAGAUAUUCAUGGCGACGUGCAGCAUUC